UGUCGGAGCCACGGCGGACGAAUACUCUGGCGGGACGUGGACGCGGCCGGCAGUAACCCUGCUGAUCUUCUUCGUGGUCUACUGGCCAACUGGCACGCAGAAUUCAAGAUGCUUUCGAGCGAACUGGAGGAGAUUUGAUAUGCCACUGAAACGGAUGUAGCGAGAUGACGACGACGACGACGACGACAGCUAUCUGAACAGCGCUGUGCGGCAGACUCGUCGUCGUAUAUAGGUGAGUGAUAACACGUUAUAUAUUACUUUACGUCGUGAUGUCAUCGGUGGCUAGAGGUGCGGCUGUGCGCAAAGAACCGGUGGACGGAGUGGCGCAACRACGGCGGAGGGAGCUGCAGGUGGUCCGGGCCGAAGUGCAAGCGUGCAGGCGGACGACGGAGAGUCUGUGUCGGCGCAUGGCCAACGACCGAGUAAAGCUGGAUACGGCAGUCGCGGAAUACGGGCGCCGGUCCGCGGAACUGGCGAAGCGGCAGUCCGAGGCGCACGGUCGACUGGUGGCCGUGCUGCAUGGCCGGUCGGCGGCCGAAUGCCGUCGCGAGAUGGUACACGAYCGCGCGGAGAACGAGCUGAGAGCGCGGCGGACCGCCAGCACAGUGCGCGCGUACCGGCUGGACGCCAGGUGGCAGCAGCUUCACGGUCGGUACCGCGGAUUUGUGACGGAAGUUUUGGACGCGGGUCAGCGGCCGUCGUCUUCGUCGCCACCAUUGCCGCGGCCAACACCACCGAAGCCGACGGUCGGCGUGGCGAGACGUCGGCUCGGGUCCACCAAACAAGGACGCCGUUUCUUCGCGCUGGCUGACCAUGUGGGCGCGCAGUACCGGCGUGAAUCGCUUCGGACGUCCCGGUCGCUGCACAAGCUGAUGUCCGGAUACCUCAGGGAAACGUCGGCGGGCAGCCCGUCCCCGUCUCGUGAUGGCCGGAUGUCGUCGGACGUGCUAGACAAUGCCGAACCGGCACAGGUGUUGGACAAGCUGCGGGUCAUGCAGGAGCAGUGUGCGAGGAUCGCUGAGCGCGUGCGCAGGCGGACAACGACCGGAUCGUCCGAGCAACACCCACCGGAGACCGGCGGCGGAAAACGUCCGCAAGCCGACGUGCUAUCUGAGGCCCAGCGCACGUUGACAGCGGGCCAACAGUACCUGAGCAGGAUACGGGAAUUGAUGGAAACGGCAAUCGGUGAAGUGGAGCGCGAGCAGAUUGCGUUGCGGAGACUGUUGUGUGCGACGUGCGCAACGUGUGUCGGUAAAAGAGCACCGCUCCGGUAUGGCUCGUCGGCGGUCACUGAAAUCGCGGGAUGCCUGGAGCGAGCCUGUUUCACGUUGUUCUCUCGAUUGGACAGAGCGGCGGCCCCGGCCCCUAAGACAACACUGGACCGGGGUUCGGAAGAGAAAAAUUUUGGGAAACGCUGGGCUAGAAUCCCAUUACAUAUUUUAAUGGUCCACGGUGUACUAGUCAACCACUUAUUAAAUGAAGUAUCAGGUGUAUCAGAAAUCGUAUCACUUAAUGGUGUUAGAAGCCAACAGUCAAGGUCUAAAUGGAAAAAUAUGAGGAAAAUUUGUGAGGAAAUUCCUAAA